AUAACGUAAUCAUGUCGAGUCCCGAAGAUCCAGGGAAGAAAAAAAUGGAACAGUUUCAGCACGAUCAGAAUGGGGAUGAGGCUUUACCAACAAAACGAACAAGGAAUUAUUCCCCAAAACAACGUCUUUGUGGAUUUUUGGGAGCUUACUGGAGAUCUUUAACUGUUGUUCUUGCUCCAUUGUUAUUUUUGCCAAUAAUGUUGACCAAUGAAGAUCCAGAAUUAGUCAAAGCAUAUCGAUGUCUCUAUAUUGUCUGUGUGAUGACAAUUUAUUGGGUUACUGAAGCAAUUCCUUUACCAAUUACUGGAAUGAUUCCAAUGGUUGCUUUUCCAUUGAUGGAUAUCCUCGAUACUGAUCGUGUGUGCAUGAUGUACAUGAAAGAAACAAUGGUCAUGUUUAUUGGUGGUUUGAUCCUUGCACAAGCAGUGGAAUACUGUAAUUUGCACAAACGUGUGGCUUUAAAAGUCAUUUCAAUAGUUGGAUGCAGUCAACGUCGAUUAAAUUUUGGUUUAACCGCAGUAACAAUGUUCGUUUCAAUGUGGAUCUCAAAUACUGCUGCAAUCGCAAUGAUGUGUCCAAUUAUGCAAGCCGUUCUUGAAGAAUUGGAACGUCAAGGAAUUUGUAAAAUGUAUCAAGACAAAAAGAAGGCAAAUGAAGAAGAAGGAAUGAUAAGCAAUAAGGAAGAUGAAGAACCUCCAAUGCCCUCAAAGACAACAACAUGUUACUUUGUAGGUGCAAGUUAUGCAGCUACAUUAGGUGGUGUCGGUACAAUUGUUGGCUCAGGUGUCAACUUGACAUUCAAAGGUAUUUAUGAAGCAACUUUCCCAGAAGCACCUGGUCUUGAUUUCCCAAAAUGGAUGUUCUAUAAUGUUCCCGGAAUGUUGGUAUUUACCCUCCUAACUUGGGUCUAUCUUCAGUGGCUGUAUAUGGGAUUAUUCCGUCCUAAUAGUCCAGAAGCAAAGGAAGCUGAUAUUGGAGAAGAAGGUGAAAAAGUAGCACGUCAAGUCAUUGAAAGACGUUAUAAGGAAUUGGGACCUGUUACCUCUCAUGAAUUGGGUGUUGCUAUUUUAUUCAUUGUUGCUGUUGCACUUUUCUUCUUACGUGCUCCUGGUUUCAUGCCUGGCUGGCCUGAACUCUUGCAUCUUAACGUUAAAGUUAAGGAUGCAACUCCAGCUAUUUUAGUCGUCAUUGCUUUCUUCAUGUUCCCUGCGAAUUGGAAAUGUUUUAGAUUCUUCAAAUCAACAAAUAAGCAAUUACCAACAUCAGCUACUGGGCCAUUACUUACAUGGAAGUACAUUAACACUAAGACUCCAUGGUCCCUUGUUUUCUUGCUUGGAGGUGGAUUUGCUCUUGCUGAAGGUGGAAAAGUAUCAGGAAUGUCACGCAUGUUGGGAAAAAGUUUACAAGUUUUCCAAGAUUUCCAUUUCCUUGUUUUGUUGUUCCUGAUUUGCGUUGUUUGUCAAACACUUACUGAAUUUACCUCAAAUGUCGCUAUUGCCAACGUCAUCUUACCAGUUCUUGCAGAAAUGGCUCUUGCAAUUAGAAUUCAUCCAAUGAUGUUGAUGUAUCCUGCAGCUUUGAGUUGUUGCUUUGCUUUCCAUAUGCCUGUUGGAACUCCGCCUAAUGCAAUUGUGGCUGGAAUUGCGAACAUUAGAACAAAAGAUAUGGCAGUAGCCGGUAUUGGACCAACUAUCUUUACAUUAAUUACUGUAUGGGCUACAUUCCCAACCUGGGGUGCUGUUGUAUAUCCUGAAUUAAGCGAGUUCCCAGAUUGGGCCUGGAGAAUCGUUAAUGCUACAGCAGCAGCAUCUUCGACCACAACAACAACAAUAGCUCCAUUGGUAACGACAUUAUCUGAAAUGUUGUCCACAUCAACGUGAUUAAAUAAUUUGACUCAAAUAACAACUUGAACGAAUGAAAGAUAUAAUAGAUGAUAAGUCAUCAGUUUGGCAAUCACCCUUGUCAAUUAAUCAUUAAACAAGUAUUUGCAUUUUUUUUUAUUUACACACUACUCUCAAUACCAUUGGAUGUUUUAUGGUAAUUGUCUACAACAUGUUUUUACCUGUAUUCGAACUUUUUCGUUUUAAUACAAGCUGAUAAUCAACUGUUCUCGGGUGAAAUUUUAAUAAAACAAAUUAUUGAUUUUGAUGAGCAUAUUUUUUUUACAACAAAUAAUGUUACAAGCAUAAAUGGCAACAAAAAGAACUCAAAACUAUAAAACGAUUUACCUUAAUAACUAUAUUUAAAAAUAUAAAAAAAAUGAGCGAAAAAGAGGAAAAUAUUUUAAUUUAGUUCAAUUGAUUGAUUAGGAUAAAAAAAUAGACAUUACAAUGCGGAAAAUAAGGACAGGAGAGAUAAUAAAAAUAAAAAUGUAUAUCAUAAUGCUUUUACUUUGAAACAUGCUUUUAAAUGUCAUCAAAUAUUUAUUAUAAUUUAUAAUAAAAGAAACUAGGGUAAACCAUGUUGAAAUUUGUGCAAUGUUGAAAUUUGUGCACUCAAAUAAAAUGUAAAUCAUCACUAAUAAGCCAUUUAUAAUAAAAAUUUGUAUGCAGGUAUUUGUAAUGCAGUUGUUCAAACAUUUCUUUUUCAUUUUGGAUUGUCUUGAACGUUCUUCAAGCUCUUAACUUCAAUUAUUCAAAAUCCCAUACAAAAUUAAAGUUUUCAUCUUUGCAAUUAUUUGGACUCAACUAAUGCUUCUUCUUACCCUAUCAGAGUUGAAAAACGUUUUUUCUUUAUUGCUUUAUCGUUUUAAAAAGUUUCUGCUAAAGUAAAGUCAUUGGAAGUACUUUAAAAAUUGAUUUCAAAAUCAGCUGUUUUCAAAUGUUGAAAUUUGUGCGAAAUUUUUUGAGGAAUUUUAAAAUUUGUGUGCUUUUUGUCGUAGAAAGCAAUGGCACAUUUUGUCAACAAAAAUAAUUAUUUACAUUCAAAAUCGGGUUUUUAGAGGCAUGAAUGCAGAUUUAGACAAAAAUAACACGAAGAAGACAUGAGCUGAGAGUAAUGAAAAAUGUGUUUAACUCAAAUAUUUAAACAGAUUCAAGAAAUUUCAAAAAUCGACCAACUUCAAAAAUUAAUACAAGAACAAAAAAGCAUUCAAGACCUACGUUCUGUUUUCAGUCACAAAUAAAUGAUUAAAUAAACACAAUAAACUUCUUUAAAAUACUCUUAUUUCUUUUAUUUCUUAAAACAAUUGUGCAAUAUUCUGUAAACUUUAUGCUGAAUAAAUAUUGGGAAAAAAAAAUAUUUGUAGGAUGUGCUUGGUUUUAAUGGUGUCUUCUCGUCAUACUCCAUCAACAGAAAUGGAUUUAAAUUUUGAAUUCUUUCCUCUCUCUUGAGAACAAAUUUGAAAAUCUUGAAAAAAAGUUCAUUUGUGCAGCAGUGUCCUU